AAACAAAGAAGGGGGUUGUCGAGGAAGAACACAGAGGAUAUAUAAAGAGCAACACAGAGCUUGUCUACGCCGAGAAUCCAGAAAGCCAAACGCCCCAAGUCCUCUAGCUCCUCUGAACCCUUUUGGUUGUGAGCUCUACAAGAUAACAAGUGGUGUUUGGUGUUGAGCAGCGAUGGAACAGCAUAACGACCGCAUUGAAGAAAGUAAAACUGAUGUAACGCCGCGUCUGGUGCUCAAGUCGUCUGAGAAUCGCUGUAUAGCAUCCGGACACAAGAGGUAUGAACCACCUUCACCUUGUAUCUUCAGAGUGCAUGAAGAACUGCGUAAUGUAAAUAAAGAGGCAUACACACCUAGGCUAGUUUCCAUAGGGCCUUACCACCACGGUCAUCCCAAACUACUAGCUAUGGAAAAACAUAAAGGGCGUUAUUUUAAAUUAGUCCUUCGACGUACCAAUCAGACACAAAAGUAUUACUUGGAUUCCAUGAAAGAGCCAGCAAAAAUAGCUCGCAAGUACUAUGCAGACCCUAUCGAUGAUGACCUCAACAGUGACAAGUUCGUGAAGAUGAUGCUAUAUGAUGCUUGCUUUAUUGUUGAGUUUCUUGAUCUUGUGCCUCAGUCUGAUCGUCAAAGUCAACAAGGACAACAAUCACAAGAUAUGGGUCAUGAUUACGACCCCAUUUUCAACACAUCAUGGAUGAGAGCACAUAUUUGCUGUGACUUGAUGCGGCUUGAAAACCAACUUCCAUUCUUUGUUAUAUUUAAAUUUUUUUCCCUCGUGACCGAGACCCAAAAUCCUCCAACCUCCAUCUUCAAGAAGCUGGCUGAGAAUCCUUUCUGUUGCAUCAUACCAAAAACGUCAGACUUUUCCAGAUUCAAUUUUGAAGAUAAAUCUGUCUCUGAAAGCAAGCAUUUUCUUGACUUGUUGCAUAAUGUUUAUCAUCCCCACCCCCCCUCCUCCAGAGAAAAGUCAAAUCAAUGCCAAGGCAAGAAUCAGAGAAUUUGCUUUAAGAUGCCGUCUGUGAUAGAGCUUCAGGACGCUGGUAUCAAGUUCGAGGCUGUGGAGGAUGAUGAUGAUGAUAAGCUCAACCUCAACAUGUUCGAUAUCCGCUUCAAAGAUGGUCAUUUUAAAAUACCAAAGUUUAACGUCGAUGAUUGGACAGAAACAUUCUUCCGUAACAUCAUUGCCUAUGAGCAACAUUCCUCAGAUGAUGAACCACAAUAUUUCACCGAUUAUACAUACUUCAUGGAUCUACUUAUCAACUCCAGAGAAGAUGUGAAACAACUUCGUCGCCAUGAUGUUCUUGACAACUGGCUGGGUGAUGACGAAGAGGUGGCACUUAUGUUCAACAAACUGGGUCACGGAAGAAUGAUUGUGAAUCAGUUCUACUAUGCUGAAAUGUGCAGCGAAGUGAACGCUUAUUGCAAGAGAUGGGGGAACAGAGCAAAAGCUUCAUUGAAGCGUGAUUACUUCAAAAAUAUAUGGGUUACUGUUGCCACUAUGGCAGCUGCUUUUCUCCUCCUCCUCACUCUCACACAGACUGUCAUUGCCCUAAUUAUGAUUAUUAUUUCGCCCCCGUCCCAACAUUGAUCUGAUGUUGUUUGCUUAGGCCACCACCCUGUCAUCCACUAUUUUAUUUCAACAAACUAUUAUGCAUCUGCAUAUGAGACAGUUUCUAUGUUUGUAUUAAUGUGAGUGAGAGUGGAUGUAUUUUCAGAAUAAGUGUACUUUAUUAACUCAUGAACUUAAAUAUUCAAUGUGUUAUCAUGUGAGUGUUUGAGAUUUCUUCU